AUGUAUCCAACUAAAGCAGAAAGGCAACAUGUGGCAUUUCUUGUCAUAAAAAAGUAUCCAUUUUUGGAAGAUAGUAUUGGAACUGGUAUUGUAAGUGCACAAAUGUAUUUACAGUAUGCAGGCAAUUGAAGUAAUAUUCAAUAUUUUUUGCUGUUUUUCAGACUGAUUAUUUAACUUUUUUACCAUUUAGGAAUAUGAUGUUUGUGGUGUUACUCGAUCUGAGUGAUAUAUCCACACCGGGCAGACUGAAAAAUCUGCCUGGCCACUGGGAAUUGAACCUACAACCUUUGGAAUACUAGCCCAAUGCUCUGCCAACUGAGCUACGCGGUCAGGUCGGUUUGAGUAUGCGAUGUUUCGGAAGAGUAUGCGAUGUUUCGUUUUGUUUGACACCAAUGUAAUAGUUAUUACUAUAGAUUACAUUGAUAUCAAAGGAACUACAGCAGACUCAGUGCCAAAAUAUCACAUACUCGAACCGACCUGACCGCGUAGCUCAGUAAUUGGCAGAGUAUUGGGCCAGUAUUUCAACGGUUAUAGGUAAUAGGUUUGAUUUGCACUGUGGCCAGGCAGAUUUUUCAGGCUGCCCAGUGUAGAUCGAUAUACACUCAGAGUAACACCACAAACAUCAUACUUUCCUGAGUACACAACACCAACACAGAAAAAAAAUUUAGGAAUAUUUUUACUGUUUUUCAGACUGACCAUUAUCUAUUUGACAUAUUAUAAAAAAAUAUUGGUAUAGUGUCGGUUAAUGGGUUAGUUUCAUUGUAGUAAUUAUGAUAAAUUGCAUUGCUAUAUUAUUGUUGUAGAACUAUUGAGUUUUAUAAUUAGCAAUUGGAUAUAACUGUUAGAGACAAGGGAUUGGUUUGGAAAACUAAGGCCAGGCAUGCUUGACAAUUGAAAUUUGUAUUUCCCUGUUUGGUUCUUCUUGGGGCCAGUUGUUCAAAACGUCGAUAGUGUUAUAUAUAUCCACUGGAUAGCAAUUUUUCAACCUUCGUAAAAUUGGACAAAGAACAGUGAAACUUCCAUUUUGGCAAUUGUAAUAAAUACUCCAGUCUUCAAUCUAUAAAUAUCAGUCGUGACUUGUACUGUAAUGAUCAGAUGAAAAUUUGAUGAAGGUUUGAAAAAUCACUAUCCAUUUGAUAGCACAAUAUACCUUUCAAACAACUGGCCCCUGUACUGCAACAAAAUUGUUUUUAAUAGUGUGUGGUUUUACUUGCAGGGAUCCUGGGAGACAGCCUUCAAACACAGGUUUAAGAAUAUUAGAAAAAAAGGGAGAAGUUUGACUCUUCCAUCUCUGGAUGCCAAUGAAAGUAGGAAAAUCGACAGUCAACAGACCAAAAAAAGGAAAGUAGAGGAAUGCAUCACAAUGCCUGAAGGAGAAACAGAAGAGACAUGUGAAGAACAUAUAGAAGUUCUUAAAAAAGAAAUGGCUCGCAAAACCAAUAGGAAUAUGGCAGUGGUUAAAGAGUUGAUGGCAAUAACAUUUGCAUACAGGCGGACCGCAUUUUUGAAAGGGACAAUGUCUGUUGGCGAAUGUUUGGAAAGCUACCCAGCAUUGAAGCUACCAUCUACAGUAAGUUGUUCAAGUUUAAAAUUCUACAAAAUUGGCACAAAGUUAUUUUAUGACACAUAUUUAACUCUAACUUAUACUCAGGGAUGCCAGAACAGGAGGGGCCAGCUGCCCCCCUUGCCUUUUGAUUGGGGGGUGGGGCAGGGGUGCCCUUUCAAUAUUGGGGAGAUAUUUUCUUUGUGAAGCCUUAUUAUUGUCAGCGGGUUUUUUCCAGGAUUUUCUCUUGGGUCCGUUUUUGCAGAGAGGAUUGAGUUUAGCUGACCAGCUGGGGGUGUGGUGCAGCUGCGGGAGGCUGACACGUGUACCCAAUAAGUGUAGUUGAGACGCAAUAAAGUAGACAUUAUAAACUGGUUAAAGAUGGCGAAUGCAUUGUUUUUUCUUAUGUUGUAAAUUGAAUUCCAGCCAUUUUUGCUUGAUUGUCAGGUUUCCAACUGAAAACUAAUUUCCACACGUCACAAAUUUAACUCAAACAACUUCAUUUUUACUGCACUGAAUCUUUUGGUGAGUUCAGAUUGAGUUUCAAAACUCAAUUCAAGAUUGAGUUUUUGGGGCCAUUUUACGGUCCUAAAAAAUCCCUGAAAAAAACCCUGGAUUGUCCGACUGUGGGCUUAACUUCUUAGGUGUCUUUAGCUUCCAUAGCCCGCGUACAGGCCCAAGGGAACUGAUAGUGGGCCUGCAAGCAAGGCCCGGUAUUUUGUAAAACGCCCCUUUUCAUAACACGCCCCAUUCGCGCGUCAAUUGUCAAAAAAUAACCAAUGACAGCACCCAAGUAUUAACAAACAAACUCGCAUUAAAAUGUUGCGCGGUUUUCUCUGCUUAUUCAGAACAUAAACAAUGUGUAAAUGGCUGUGUUUUAACUCCAAAAAAGCAAGCAACGCAGUCCGUAAUUGCCAAAUUUGCAAGUGCUCAUUUUCAACUAAAAUUGAAACCGGCAAAUUAGGACAAAUUUCAACAGAAAACCAGUCUCAAACUUCAAAUUGUGAGGGAAGUCGUGCGACCACAUUGGUAUUUAUAAGGUGUACUUCGCUGUCGCCAUUGUUAUAAAUAAAUUGUCUCACUUAUCAGAUCGUGUGUGCAAUUCUUGUUGGCGGCGGAAAGAACGAAAUUUAUUUUAGUUAUUUCAUUUGGUAUAAAAGAACUCUACAAAAGAAGAGAGCGUUCAGAGUCCAGAUCGUUUUGUUUCAAACGGCAAUUACCGUAUUCUGUUUCGGUCUCUCAGCGAAGCCUUGCACUAUCAGUUCCCUUGGGCCUGCACGCGGGCUAUAGCUUCCAUUGCCAACAAAUCAAUUACCUUAAAUUAAGCAAUGCAUGGCUUAGAAAUUUGGUACAAUUAUAUUUGUCUGGAAUUUUAAAAUGGUGAGAUUUAAUAUUUCUUUUCAAACAUUGACUUUAUGCGAGAACAAAAACUGCAUGCAUGUCGUUCUGUCAGAUUUUCAAUGCUAAGCCAUCAAUAAAGAUAAUUAGUGCUGUGAAUGUGCCCUUCGCCAAGAAUUCACCCGGCACCCUUGCCUUAAUUUCUAUCAUUCUGGAGUCCUUGCUUAUUCUAAGUUCUGUAUUUCCUAGUCGCCUUGGCUUAAUUAUAGCCAGAUGAUUUUAACAAAUAUCUAUUUCAGCUAAUGCUGUGAGCAGCAAUUAGAAGAUAUGUCUGAAUGUAUCAUACAGUGUGCAUUAUUAAGCAACAUCUAGCUUAUUGCUUAUGUUUUUUCAACUAAGGUGAAAGAAGAAUUUGGUCGCAUAAUGGGAAAGCCAAACCCAGUAAAGUGUAUGGCCAAUACAUUUAAAGAGGUGUGGGUGCAGAAAAUUCUUAAGUAUGGUUUGACGCAAACAGUGGGGAAUUCAAUAAUAGCCUCAAUUGACGAGGCCUGUCAAGAUAAUCCAAACAAGAAAAGUGGUAAUAUAUGAUAUAUGAUAUCAAUUUGUAGCUUUUACGUCUGCAUUAUGUUAAUCCUUCAUUGAGCCCUUUGCAGUAUGUGACCCAUUGCUGCAGUAUGACCCAUUGCCAGUAAGUAAGUAAGUAACUCUAGCUACAUGUGCCCCCCUCCAUUUUCAAGCUUAUCAAAUAGAAAAACUGCUGAUUUGCCACUGGCAGAAGAUGCAGGAUGAUAGAAUGGAAACAUAAUUGAAUAUUCUUAUUUUCCUUUUUAAAGCUAUUGAAGAAGCAGCUGCAGCAUAUCUUCUGCCAAGUUUACUAAAAGAAAAACGUGGAACUGCAGAAAAUUUUAUUAAAAUAUGCACGGUAUGUUAAAAUUUCUGUACUUUGAAAGUUUACAAGAUUUUUUAUAUCAUUUUUAGUGUUAAAAACUUUAUUUUGCAACGUUUCGAUGCUAAAUCAUGCACCAUUUUCAAGCAUAACGAAUUUACAUAAUUGCAUUCCAUUAAUUAAACGAGUUAACAUAAUUAUGUAAACUCAUUAUGCUUGAAAAUUGCCAUGAUUUAGCAUCGAAACGUUGCAAAAUAAAGUUUUUAUUGCUUGUUUUUGUCUCAAAAUUUAUUACAGUAGUAAUGCAGUAUUGGAUAUAACCCAAUAUACAAAAUUAAUUAAUGUUUUUUUCUUCUGUAUAUAUAGGAUGAUGAGUCAAUUGGCAAAGCUAUUGAGGAAACGAAAACUCCUCGAAUUGUUGGCUCUGGAGAAUUUUGGUGCCUAGAACCCCUCUACAUUGCUGCAGAAGGUGUUGUAAUAAUUAGUUUAGGAGGAAGCAGCUCACUUGCAAAUGCUUCGAGUCUGCUGGUGGCUUCCUAUUAUGUUUUCAACAUAAAGUACCCAUUGAAAUGUACCAACGUCUACAUCUUCUGUGAGGCAACACUACUUGGCAAUGAGCAGGAGGCCAAAAAGAGAGUAACAGUAAAUAAAUUUAUGUCCGCACUUGCAUGA